UCCUGGCGAACAUGGCGGCAACUUGAUAACGGCAGCGAGAUGAAGACGGCGAGGGCUUGAAAAAGAAAAGAGGUCUGUUACAGGCUGAAGGCCUAUCCGCCGACACAAAGGCAGCACAGCUUCGCCAUGUUGGAAGAGGACAGCGCCACUGGCCCUGCGCGAGCGGGGAAGACGUAAAGGCGUCGCUGAGCGUUUCUAAAAACGGAGUCGAGGCUGCGCAGAGGAGCGGAGCGGAGCGGCGCGGCGCGGGGCUCGGGGCGGACGGCGAGGACAGCGGCUUCACCGGUCAGCCAUGGAGAAUGCGGCCCGAGGUCGCCAGCGUCUAGUUUCCCACCGGGCCCGCGCUCCUUUUAAUGGGAAUACCCGCUGAUCGCAAAGGCAAGCCGGGACAACCGACCGCCCGACACCGGAGGGGAGGGAAGCGCGAAGCGGACCCCACGUCAAUGACUGUUGCGGCAGAGGAGCCCCCACGGUGGAGUCGGCCGGUUCCCAAAAUAUGACCAGGGGUGCUGGGACGUGUUGGCAGCAAGAAGAUGACGACGGCUUCCAAAUCUGGCUAGAGCCCCCCCGCGACAACCAAAAGCCAUUCACCGACUCAGAGAGGGCGCAGAGAUGGCGACUGUCCUUGGCAUCCCUCUUGUUCCUCACCAUCCUCCUCUCUGAUCACCUGUGGUUCUGCGCCGAGGCCAAACUGCCCCGAACCCUGGACAAGUUCGCAUCCUCCCACCUCCCGUCACCCCAGACCCACUCAGCACACAGCAGCCUCAGAGAAACCCCAGAUGAUAUUUUUAUAGAGAACUCCACCAAACCCUUGUGGGCGCUUGAAACUUGCCACCGGGAUAGUUUAUCUAAGAACUGCUUUGCUUUCGCGGAUGCCGACGAUUUGUGCAGGGGCCUUUCCGACAGAGAGGGGCCGCGGGCUGUAAAUAUGAGCGAUUUGUACCUCUCCUUUUGUAACUCCUACUCGCUGCUGGAUUUGCUCAACGGCUCGACGAGUCCGGACAAUUUGAACUGCAGCCUCGACGUGCUCGGCGACGGCGACACGAGCAGAUGCAGCCGGUGCGUGCAGGCGUACCAGCACUACGACCAGCACGCCCAGGAAAAAUACGAGGACUUUGAGCUCCUGUCUCAGAAAUAUGAGCCCGGGGCAUAUUCGGUGAGGACGUGCAUGGAGCAGUGCAAGAUGGCCUACAAGCCCUGGCUGUGUGCUCAGUAUUUCCCCACUCCCCAGCGGUCCUGUGUGAGGAAGGUACCGUGCCACCAGUACUGCCUGGAGGUCCAGCAGAGCUGCCCGUUCAUCCUGCCCGACAACGACGACCUGAUCCACGGCGGCAGCCCCAGCUUCAUCUGCACAGGGCUCUUGGGAGAGCAUCCAUCGGACAGCGAGGCCGAGUGCUGCGACGUCCGGUGGGACUCCAAACUGGACAGUCCCUCGGGCGGGACGCUAAAAAGGACUGCUUCAUCCUGCCAGCCCGAGGGGGCGUCGGUCACCUCCGCCGCCACCCAGAGACUGUGCAGCGGGCGGCUGAAGAUCUGCCUGCUGGCGCUCGUCCUCCUACACACUGUCAUGAUCAUUUCAGCCUCCCACAAUUCCACGUUGGUGGGCGUGGCGGCCAUUUUCUCGCCGGAGGAGCGCGCGUCCAACGAGGAGUGAAACCGUGGGGGUCGACUCGAGGCUGGAGCCCGUGGAGGAUUGUGGCUUUCGUGGCCGUCGUGGAUGCCAGGGACACGGCUGGCGAGACACGCUGGGAGGCGCCCCUCUGCCGCCGACCGGACCAUCAACCACAGGAAGUGGGAGGGUUUGAACUGGAGCUAAGGGUGCUGGGAUUUGACAUCAACCAAAACAAUGUGUUUGAGAAGCACCCCCCUUAAAAGAACUGACCUCUUGCCACUUGAAACCUGCUCAUUGUUUCUAUUCCAUCCAAAUGUUUUCUAGCAUACUGCCCCUCCUGCUCCCCCCAACCCCACCCCCCCCCCCACCCCGCCUUCGUUCCCUCCCUCCGCCCCCGCCCCCUCUGUUUUCAGUGUGUAUGGACGGCACGUCAGAGGAAGACAUGGAUACAGCGUGUGCUCUCGCUCAUCAUUACCUUUAGAUUCUCUGCUGCAUUUUUUUCCAGGUGCCAGAAUGUUUUGACAUAUCAACUGUGUUUCACUCACUUACUUACUUACGCACCAUCACUUUAGAGGCAUCUUCUUUACUACCUUGUAUGUGAUGUUGCUUGAGGGCCUGACAGGACAAGUUCAUCCAUCGUUUAUGUGGGUCGCUGAAGACAAAAUGUGUGAUUCUUGUGUAUUUCUACUGUCCAGCUAGUAUUCUGUCCCACUGCAUCUUCUCUCAACCCCUUUGUGAUGGUACAUGCCUACACACUUUAGGACCUUAAGUGCUCUGAGACUGGCUCGCGCUCUCACUUCCGACUCGUUGGGCCACUGAUCAAGUGAGGAGCAGUGACGUAGCAAAUGUAGUUCCGGGUCGGCUCUGAACGAGCGGGUGUCGCGGGAGCAGAUGCUUCCCGCAGGAAGCGGCGUCCCCCGGCUUCUGAAGUGUUCGGUUUUACCUCAGACCGUUGGGCGCUGAGCCCGGUGGCUCGUCUUGAAGCUGGAGCAAAGAUGAAGCGUUGUUGUACAAGGAGACUGCAGGGACAACCCAGGGACACGAGAGGACAGUUGCAUCAAGCAAAAACACAAGGGGCCUUGUUUAUCAGACAUAUGUACAGUUUCUGCGCGUAGAUUAAAAUGUAGGUAUUUAUUUCUGCUUGGAUAUCAGCAUCCAUUCCUGACCACACACACAGACCAGAACCCUUAACUGAUAAGUUAUGACUUAUUUUCUGGGUCUAUGUCACGUAAUGAAUUCGCUGUCCUCCCAUUAAGGUCAGAGUUCACAGAACAGGUGAGGUUCAUAAUCAGUCGUUGGCAUCUCCCUCUUUGUAUUGGAACCUGGUCCAACGCUUGGUUUAAUAAACAAGGCCCCGGAUCUCUGAGUGCCUCUGCUGCGUAAGCCCACUGAGGCAGAUUCUGGCGAGCGAGACGAAGCGGCGAGGUCGGUGCGAGUGACCAGGACCCACGCAAUCAACCAAUCAAUCUGUCGACUCUCAAAUCACCCUUAGGCGAGCUGAUCAACCGCUGUCUGUCACAGACUAGUAAAGGGCUGUAUUAGUGUCAGCCUGCAAGGAGUGAGAGGAGUUUUAAAGGGCUGAUCCAUCCUGUUUUGUUCUGUUGUUUGUUUGUUUUUUUGCAUGGCUGCUGCUAUUAAGUGGACGCUGACGCGGCGACGGGUCACGCAGGGAUUAAGGGGAGUUCAAAUUGCCUUUUAUGAUAGACAUUGGACAGAAAAGGAAAAUUCCCCACAAUGCCAACAUCCGAUAUCCUAAAUAGCUAACACUAAACCAAAAUGUGAAGCCAAUAUAAGGAGAUCACACGUUUCUGUCCUCCAUCUUAGUAGCCUCUAAUGAUCAGUUAAAGACAGACUGGGGUUCUAGCUUUGCCUCCAAAUUGCUCUUGGCUGUGAAAACCUGGUAUCAGUGCCUCCUCACCUUCCCCAUUAACAGCUUGACCUUACCUCACCUCACAUGGCGUAAUCACCGUCGAUUUGCUUCUCUCUCACACACACACACACACACACACACACACACACACACACACACACACACACACACACACACACACACACACGCACACCACACACCACACACACUCUCACACAGACACACACAUAGUGGGAUGUCACAUGGAAGUCAAGUCCACGCUUGCCUCUGGAUUUUCAGGACGCGGUUUAUAGACUUUAGCCCCCCAGUUUUGCUCUCUGAUUCCCUUUUGCUUGAUAUUCUCGUGUGACGUGUCGUUUCGUUCGUUCGUUCGUUUUCCUUGACAGACUGUGUUGAUGACUACUACGUUCCCCUGAAGACAGCAGCGGAUGUACUAAGCCCACACGUUGUGCUCCGUCCCUUAAAUCUCUAGCUGUUUAUGAUCUGAGUCCUGUGGAUCUAUGCAGAUGACCCCCCGCUCCCCAUUCGAAAUUAACCAACACUCUUUGCCCCCCCACCACCAACCACAACCCUUGUCCUUUCUGUUGUAAAUAUGUCCUGAGGAUGUAGGAUCCCAAAAUGGCUGCCCCCUCUUCCCCCCCUCAGCCCACCCACCCCCACCUCCCUACUGUUGGAAUCUCACUGUGUUUUCUGUUCGCCUCCUUGGUUUUUGUCUGUUUUUGCGAGAUUUUGGCCGCAUUUUUCUGUUGUCUAAAGCAGUGGUGUGAGUUGAUGAGUAGGACUAAGAUGGAUGUUAAAAAGAUGAAAUAAAGAGGUCUUGGGAAAAAUAGACAAAAAAAUGAAGCUUGAAAUGAGAAAAGGGUUCAAAUAUAGAGAAAAACUAUGAUAAAGUUGUCAUAUUGUCAUACUAGAGAUGCUUUAGUUUGCUAAUUUACUUUCUUUUUUUUCUACAAAAGACUUGGAUGAAAUUAUUUAUAAAAUGCGUCCCAGGAGUCAUGAUCUUUUUUGGACGUACAACAAAUACAUUUAUUAACAUUUUGUUCAAAAGAAAAUAAAUAUAAAUUAUGUUAAACAUUA